AUGACAUUGGCAUUCAUGCCACUGUCUCUCGCCCUCAUGCUGCUGGUGACCAAUGCCAGCAGUACUUCCCCUGGAGCAGCAAAGGAGCAGAGGGGGGAGCAGAGGGUGUGGGCCAAAGUGGGGGACCUGGUUGUGCUCCCCUGUCACCUGAGUCCUCAGGAGCUGCAGAGCAGCUGGAAGCAGCUGUAUGAGAAGACAGCCGUCCGCUGGGAGCGGCAUGGGGAAAGCUCCCACAAAGAGCCCCACAUGGUGCUGGAGGUGGAGUACAGUGGUCUCCUGAAGACAGCCCGAUCCAUGAUGCCCCGAGCCUCAGUCAGGGAAACCAGCUUCCGCCAGGGGGACUUCUCCCUCUGGAUUGAGCCACUACUGAAUGAUGAUGCAGGCCAUUACGAGGCACUGGUGAGAUAUGGCAAGGAGACUCGGCGCUGCCAGCUGGAGCUGGGCAUGGUGACAGUGACUGUCAAUCCCCCAGGCCUGCUGGUGGAAACGGAGCCUCUCUUGCUACUCUGUAACUCCAGUCAUCCGGCUAAGCUUGUGGGGAUGCGCUGGUUCCAUAAGGGCAGCCUGGUCCCCGUCUCUGGCAGGUUCCGUUCCCGCUAUGGGGCUCUAUCCAUCUCUAGGCCAACUGUGAGUGAUUCAGGGCCCUGGCGCUGCGAACUCACAUACUCAAAUGAUGAGAAAGUUUCUGCCACAUUCAACCUUCAAAUUCUAGGUUUUGCUGGCCCAGCCUCUCCUGUAGUCUAUGCUGCAGUAGGAUCUGCCACCAACCUUCCCUGCCUCCUGAACCGAGACCCUAGUGCCUCCAGCAUUCUAGGGGUGUCAGCCCACUGGAGCCGUCUUGCAGGAGGGGAUCUGGAAAUACGGGGCAUCUCCAAGAAUGGAAGCAAUGGGAGCUUCACCCUCCAUCUCCCUGAGGUGGGACCAGGGGAUGCAGGGCAAUACUGCUGUGCUGUCUCUAUCCAUGGCACGACCAUCACUAGGGAUGUGACCUUGGCAGUGAUGACAGUCACCCCAAGCAUCAAAGGGCCAGUCGCUGAAGGCUCUCGUCUGCUGCUUAUCUGCAGCCUCACCCACCCCAGGGGGCACGAGCACUUUCAGUGGAGGCAGCUGAGCUCAGGCCUCAGCAAUAGGAGCUCAUUUGAGGCCACUCUCAGGAGCCCAGGGGUCCAGCGCUACUAUCUGGGUUCCACCCUGGAACUGACCCGUGUGUCCCAGGAGGAUAUUGGCACCUGGGAGUGCAGUGUCCAUAGCUCAGAAGGGAGGCUGGGAGCUGUGGAAUAUGAGCUGUAUAUUACAGGUGCCCAGCUCUCUGGUCCUCAUACCAUUCUGGAUGGGCAGGUCUCUUUUGGCCUUAUCCUUGUCCUCUUCCUCCUGCUUGUGGCCUCCAUCCUGGCUUUGGUCCUGCGGAACCAAAGGAUAUUCUCCCCAGCCUUCCCAGCACUGGAGCGGGUGGUUACCGCCCCCACACCAGGGAAUGCAGGGAAGGAUGAAGGCCAGGAAGGGAAGAGCCUGCAGACAGAGUGCUGAUGGAAGAGAAGGCACAAAGGUCAAUUGGAAUGGCAAGCACUUCAAUGGGAAAACAAGACUGUGUUACACAGCUGGGGGAUGGGAACCAUGCAGACUUGUCCAGAGGGCAUGGAGGUCACAUGGACACAGCAUGGG